AUUUCAAGCCGUCCGAUCUUCCUUCCUCAACGUGUGGGACUUUGGUUAGUGAAUUUUCUCCCCGUCGCCGGAGUUUCUGGCAAACCACGUUGGGAACCACCGUACCGUUGGUCACCACCACUGUUACCACUACUACCGCAAUGCCGGCCAAAGCUCGUACCAACCCUGACACUCCUGCCCCCGCCACGAGUCAGGAGACGACCAUUGAUACGAAUCCAACACCACUACCGUUACGGACGGUACUCUUGGGAGCCGGCAUUUUUGCGUCUACUACGCACGCGGCCGUGUUGGAACAACACCGCAAUACGGUCUUUGCCGUGGUGGGGGUUUGGUCACGACGUCGGACCGAACGUUUGAUCGCACUGGCCGACCGCUUCGCGUGUCCCGCGUACGCGGGAGACGCCGAUCUACUAUCCCUCCUCGCACGCGACGACGUCGAUGCCUUGGUCACGAGUUUGCCGUUGGACGUUCAACCGCAGAUGGUCCGACAAAUACUCCAACACAAUGCGCAGGGCACCCGGCCCAAACACGUGCUCAGUGAAAAACCGAUUGGACCGACGGUCGACGCGGUCACGUCACUCGUGGAACUGUACGAAUCGCACCAGCAAUCGCCGCGUCACUCCGCACCGUACGUUUGGUCGGUGGCCGAAAACUUCCGGUACGAACCCGGUAUCGUGGCCACGUCCCGGGCGGUAGCGACAUCCGUACCAACAGAUGCCGAUAGUAGCAGCAGCAGCAGUAGCUCCGUUCCUACGCACACGAUUGGCACGCCCUUGCUCGCUUCACUCCAGAUACGAGCACCCUUUCUUCCGGACAAUCAAUUUUUGAAUACUCCUUGGCGCAAAAACGCUUCCUGGUACGGUGGACUCUUCAUCGAUUCCUUCGUCCACCACGCUGCCGGGUUGCGGGCCGUACUGGGCGAAGUCGAAACCGUCUCGGCCGUCACCAGUGACCGCGCCGACUAUUUGCCCGGCGUCGAUACGUUGGCGGCGCAACUGACCUGGUCCUCCGGCGUCCAGGGCGUCGUGUCCGUCACCUACGCCGGGCGCGACUUGCAAUACGAAUUCGGUAUCACCGGGACCACCGGAACAGUGUCUCUGGAACGUGCCGGACUCGGUCAUCGUCUGACCGUGGUGUCGUCCAGUCACACGGCAUCAACCGGGACGGAUAGAGAAAAGGUGGCUACCACGGACAACACCAGUACGACCACUACGACGGAGUACGGCUUCACGGGAGUGGAAGAAGAGUUCCUGGCCUUUGCCGGUGCGUGUCGAGGACAAGGAUCGGAUCGCAAUACCCCACGAGAAGCCUUGCGUGAUUUGGCCUUGGUAGAAACCUUGCUCGCAUCCGGCCAACAAAACGGUAGACCGUUACCGGUUCCCAAGUACUGA